AUGUUCUCCCGGCUCAUGCGGCCGCAGAGCGCUCUGCGUGCGGCUUCUGCGAUUCCCAAGAGACGAGCAUUGCACGUUGUUCCGCAGUUGACGUACCAAUCCCAAUUCAAUGACAAUGGCGUUGAAGGGUUGUUGUCGAACGAUGCGUUCGAUUGGUCAUGGAACCAGUACCAGAGUCUCAUGGUCGAGAAGCUCAACCUUAUGACCCAGGAUACCCCUGAUGCCGAAUUGAAACCCUACGAACUUAUGUUCAAGUACUCCCGCCAUGCGGAAAUGGCGUCCGUGUUCAACCAUGCCUCGAUGGCUCACAACAACCACUUUUUCUUCAACUGCCUGUCUCCCGUUCAAACACAGAUUCCCGCCGACUUCGAAAAAGACAUCAACGACACGUGCUCCUCGGUUGAAUCGCUGAAGCUCGACUUUUUGGCCACGGCCAACGCCAUGUUCGGUCCCGGUUUCGUGUGGCUGGGAAAGAACUUAGAGAGGGAAGGGUUGAUGCACAUCUUCUGCACGUAUAACGCCGGCUCGCCGUACCCGGCGACGUACGCCCGGAGACAAUCCGUCGACAUGGCCACCCACAACCGCGAUGCCCCUCUUGGUAACCAAUACGCCGGUUCGAUGGGUGCUCACUCUGCAAACCAGAGGAGCCUGGCACCGGGUGCGGUGGACGUGCAUCCCAUUCUGUGCGUGAACACCUGGGAACAUGUGUGGUUGAUGGACUACGGUGUUGCGGGCAAGGCUGAGUACCUGGAGCGGUGGUGGAACCGGAUCAACUGGGAGGUUGUGCAUGACAACUUCCGGGCCGUGAAUGCGAGGAAGAGGUCUGGUACUAGCCGGGAGCGCACUUUGGACUUCACGCGAUGA